AUUCUGUAAGCCAAAAAGCAGCGUAUUUCCUCGGUAGGUUUUCGUUUCUUUGCUCCCCAAGGCAUCCAUCGUCUUCUGCAAUUCAGAUCAGUAUCCCCUUUAGAAAGAAAGCAAAAAUGGGUGUGAAAGAUGUGAAGUCAAAGCAAGAACUUGAUAAUCUUGUGAAAGAUGGGUCAGCUGUUAUGGUUCACUUCUGGGCUUCGUGGUGUGAAGCUUCUAAGCACAUGGAUCAAGUUUUCAAUCAUCUUUCUGGUGAUUUCCCCCAUGCCCAUUUUGUUAGGGUUGAAGCUGAAGAACAACCAGAAAUUUCUGAGGCAUAUUCAGUUUCCGCUGUGCCUUAUUUCGUUUUUCUUAAGAAUGGCAAGACAGUUGAUACAUUGGAAGGCGCACAUCCAUCUGAGCUGGCGAACAAAGUUUCAAAAAUCGUGGGGUCAAUCCAUGCUGGCGAACCGGCUGCACCCGCGAGCUUAGGGAUGGCAGCGGGACCCUCGGUUCUCGAAGCAAUUCAAGAUCUCGCUAAAAUCGACAACUCACCACGUGGGAAAACGCAACCGCCAGCGCCAGCUGGCAUUAGCGAUUCACUGAAGACCCGUCUCGAAAAACUCACCCGUUCUCACCCCAUAAUGCUAUUCAUGAAAGGAAACCCUGAAGCACCCCAAUGCGGAUUCAGUAAAAAAGCCGUUGAAAUAUUGAAAACCGAAAAUGUUAAAUUUGGUACUUUUGAUAUCCUUAGUGACAACGAGGUUCGUGAAGGUUUAAAAAAGUUUUCGAACUGGCCCACUUAUCCUCAACUCUAUUGUAACGGAGAGCUUCUUGGAGGGUCUGAUAUUUUAAUUGCAAUGCAUGAGGGGGGUGAAUUGAAACAAGCUUUUGCCGAUCAUGGGGUCGGAAAUGAUGAUGUCAGCAAGUCAACUGUGGCGGGACCCGAUGGUCAACAGGCUGGAGUUACCAAUUCCACUGGGUUGAGUUUGGCUUUGACUUCUCGCCUUGAAAGUCUCAUUAAGUCGGCUCCUGUUAUGCUUUUUAUGAAGGGAACUCCAGAUGAACCUAGAUGUGGCUUCAGCCGAAAGGUAGUCGAUAUUCUCAGAGAAGAAAAGGUUGAUUUCAAGACUUUCGAUAUACUCUCAGAUGAUGAAGUAAGGCAAGGUCUAAAAGUAUACUCAAACUGGUCAAGUUACCCGCAACUCUACAUAAAAAGCGAACUCAUUGGCGGAUCAGAUAUCGUUUUAGAAAUGCAAAAGAGCGGAGAACUUGAAAAAGUCUUGGUUGAAAAUGGUAUCAUGUCUCUCGAAGAUCGUUUGAAGAAAUUAGUUAAUUCCAAACCCGUGAUGCUCUUUAUGAAGGGCACCCCAGAUGCCCCAAAAUGCGGUUUUAGCUCAAAGGUCGUAAAUGCCCUUAAGGAGGAAGGUAUAAAGUUUGGAUCUUUUGACAUUUUGAGCGACGAGGAAGUUCGACAAGGGUUGAAAACAUUCUCAAACUGGCCUACUUUCCCUCAAGUUUAUUAUAAAGGUGAGUUGAUUGGAGGAUGUGAUAUCAUUUUGGAGCUUAAAAGCAAUGGUGAGCUUGCAUCUACCUUAUCAGAGUAAAAGGUAAGACUUUUAUCAGUUUUUUUUUUUUUUUUUUUUUUUUUUUUUUUUUUGUAGUGAAAAAAUGUUUUUUGGGUUUUGACAAGAUUGUUGAAUCUUGAUGUGGUGUUUGUGACUAGUGUGUGUAUUUUGUACUUGAAGUUGCUCAUGGUGAAUUAUCUACUUUCUUUAAACCA